UUGUGAGUCGCGGAAACGGAGUUGUUGGCAUUCCUAGUAAUGUUUGUUCGUUCAAAUCCUGACAUUUAGGGUUUGCUUUAGUGGUUGUGAUGAGAAAAGGAAAUAACGUCGUCGUAUUGUCAUCAUCGGAUGACGAAGAUGAUAAACGUUCAUUGACUUCUAAUCGAAGCUAUAAGAAGCCUAAAGCAAGGUCGUUAGUUACUCGUACAAACCCUAGGUCUGCAAAGAAGCCUCGUCUUUCGGGUUCUCGGUCACGCUUAUCUAAAAAUCUUAUUACAUCGUCCUUCAAAGAUUUUGAUGAAUUUCUUGACGGGUUCAAGGUAUCCGCUGGUUCUGGACGGAGCUGCAUAAAAGAAUUGUUGUGGGUUGAUAAAUACAAACCCCGCACAUUAGAAGAGCUUGCUGUUCACAAAAAGAAGGUUGAGGAAGUUAAGACGUGGUUUGAGGAAAGGUUGAGAACUUCAAAGGAUGAAUUUAGUAGCCGUGUCCUUGUCAUCUCUGGGCCAGCUGGAGUAGGAAAAUCUGCAACUGUCCACAUGAUUGCAUCUCAUCUUGGAGCAAAAUUACAUGAAUGGAACACUCCUACACCCACAAUUUGGCAAGAACAUGCAUAUAACUUUAAUGCAGGGGUACUGUACACAUCUAAGUUGGAUGAGUUUGAGAAUUUUGUUGAGAAAGUAAGGAAAUAUGGAUUGAUUACAUCAUCCUCUCCUGAAGAAUCUAAAGCAUCAGUUAUACUUGUAAUUGAUGAUAUUCCUGUGACGAAUGGAAGAAUUGCUUUUGAAAGACUUAAAAACUGCUUGCUGCUUCUUGUGAGAUCAACUUUGAUACCAACAGCUGUUGUGGUAACUGACUGUGGUAAAGCAGAUUCGGGAGAUCAUGCUGCACGGAGCUUGGAAGAGCUUCAGACGUUUCUUGAGAAUGCUGGGGCUUGUAAGGUUGCUUUUAAUCCUGUCACUAGUAAUUCCAUUAAGAAGACUCUUCUUAGAAUAUGCAGACAAGAGCAGUGUGGCCUGACUGCUGAACAGAUUGAUCUGCUGGCAAAAGCCAGUGGAGGUGACAUCAGACAUGCAAUUACAUCUUUGCAGUUCUUCUGUCGCAAACCAGAUUUAGUGCAUGAUUUUUCUUCUCCCAACUAUCAUCUCAGUUCGUCAAAGGGAGAUCAAGAAGAUCUCAAUGAUUUGGAUAGUGAAUUUUCAAUGCAAUUUGGCAGAGACGAGACACUUUCUCUAUUUCAUGCCCUGGGAAAAUUUCUACACAACAAAAGAGAGACUGAAAAUGUUGUAGAAAUGGGUAUGUCAUAAGUUACUUUGGAGUUUUCUCCCCAAGUGUUUGUGAAGGAGUUUCAUGGACUACGGUCUGCUUUUUACAUUUUUCGUGUAGUUCUAGAUUUUCUUAGCGAGGAUGCAAUGGACGAUGCGUGGCUUGUGGCUUCUUAUUUAGGUGAUGCUGACUUGCUUCUUGCAUCUUUUCGAGGAAUGCUGGCCAGAUACAAUGAAGCGGAGAAUGUUCUACAAUCAGCUGCGGCUUCAGUUGCUGUUCGUGGAGUUCUAUUUGGAAAUUCACAUCCCCUGCCUUCUAGGUGGCAUGCUAUUCGUAAGCCAAAGCUCUGGCAGGUUGAGCAAUCAUCAUUUCGUAAUAAGAAAGAGAUGGUAAAGAAAAAAUUUAUUGAUUAUAAGGGAAUAAACUCUUCUCAUGUGUCCGUUAUAGCAACUGAGUACACAUCUUUACUUAAAUGGCUCGAAAAUAGGACAUCGGGAGGUCUUGAUGUUCAUGAUGUAUUGAUGCAAGGCAAUUCGACGGCAGAUGACAGUUUUGAUAACAUGAGCUUGGAUGAGCCAGAAACUGAGAUGUCUGAUGAUGAAAUAGAAGAUUGGUGAGCAGCGAGCUGGAGAAGUAAAUUGAUUCAAGAUUGAAUUCUCCCAAUUUGUUAUUACUUGUUGCUCCUUGCAAUUUACUACUUACCAGAAGAAAAUAAUGUAAAUAUUUCUUUUACUUGAAAUAUCCCAUUGUAUCUAAUUUUCAGAAUUGAGUUAAAAAUAUCGAUCAGGGAACAAAAAUGUAGGCAUGCAUCAUCACCUACAGAAGAAUGUGCAGUAGUCAUGUCUACCAAAAGCAGAACCGUAGUAAUGGUUCAUUGGUUAAUUUUUGUUUAGUAUAUUGUCAUAGUCAUAAUUUUUUCUUA